AUGGGGUGCAUGUUCUCCAAGAAACUCCGAAAGGAGAUUGAGGAGGAGGACAACCUCCCACCGCUCGUUUUCGAGCCGGUGCCCUUCCGCCCUCCCGCCUGUCCUCUCCCUGACUGCAAGCCAGUCACCAAGGAGGCGAGUGAACCCGAAAAGGUCACUGCGUCCCUCGUCCUUCGCUGGCUCAAAGCGUUGGACGAGAAGGACCCAAGUCCCUCCUUGGUGCUGGAGAGGAAGGCAAGGGAGAGGCCACCGCUGCCACAGAUGCGGUGUGAAAAUUGGAAGAAGCUCGAGCUUGAGUCGAGCGACUCCCUCGUCUGCGAGUGCUGCGCAGACAAGCGUGUUGCGCCUCCGCGGAUCCCAAGAUACGCUUGA